GUUCCCAUCCAAACCCAAUCCUAGUAGGCAACUAGUCGGUACUAACAAACGGCACCGUUCGGUCGGGUGGGUGACUUGUGUCCUGUCCAAUUCGGUUCAGUUUAAAUUUUUUGUCACUCGAGUGAUAACCCUUCAGCCGGUCAACCUUGACCGUCGCACAGUCAUGGAGCACACACGGCUACUCUCGGCAGUGGUGCUUCUAGGUCUACUCCUGCUGGGAAGUACUCCACCAUCGCAAGGGGCACGAAUUCUCGGCAUACUGCCGUCCGUCGGCCGUUCGCACUACAUCAUCGGUGCCGGGCUGAUGAAGGCACUGCUGGACGCUGGCCACGAGGUGACCAUCGUCAGUCCCUACCCGAUGAAGGAUGCACCGGCCGGUCUGCAUCGGGACAUUCUACUCCCAGACCUGGCGGCUGCCCACGGUGUCUCCGGGCCGGACCUGUUCCAGUACAAAAGUGCCCCGAACCUGAUGGUCCUCUACCUGGUGUACAGUGAGAUUGGCCCCCAAACGUCGGAAGCACUGCUGCAGCACCCAAAGAUGGUGGAGCUAAUGCAGUCCGGCGAGCGGUUUGACGCCGUCAUCGUGGAAUCGUUCGCCAGCGAGGUGCUGUACGGGCUGGCGGAACACUUCGGUGGACAGUUAUUUGUGUUCUCGCCGUUCGGUGCGUCCAUGUGGACGAACGAGCUGGUCGGUACGCCGUACCCGUACUCGUACAUUCCGCACACCUUCCUGAGCUACACGAACGAGAUGUCGUUCUGGCAGCGGUUCACGAACGCACUCGUAGGCCAUGCGGACAAGCUGUACUACCGGUGCGUGUUUCUGCCCCAGCAGGAAGCGAUGUACCGCCGGUUCUUCCCGAACGCGAAGCUCACCUUCCAGCAGACGCUCGAGAGCGUCCGGUUGGCGUUCGUGAAUCAACACUUUACGCUGAGCUACCCCCAUCCGUACGCGCCGAACAUGGUCGAGAUCGGCGGGAUACAGAUACAGCCGGCGAAGAAGCUGCCGGCGGACAUACAGAAGUACAUCGACGAGGCGCCGCACGGCGUGAUCUACUUCUCGAUGGGUUCGAUGCUGAAGGGCCGCAACUUCCCGGAGGACAAGCGGGCCGCGUUCGUGAACGUGUUCCGGGGGCUGAAGGAGAACGUGAUCUGGAAGUACGAGAACGACAGCCUGCCGGACAAGCCGCCGAACGUGCUGAUUAAGGCGUGGAUGCCGCAAAGCGACAUUCUGGCCCAUCCGAAGGUGAAGCUGUUCAUCACGCACGGCGGUCUGCUCGGAACGACCGAGGGCCUGUACCACGGCAAGCCGAUGGUUGGCAUUCCGAUUUACGGCGAUCAGGAGCUCAAUCUGGCCCGGGCCGAACAGGCCGGGUACGGUGUGAAGCUCGAUUACGAUACGCUCAGCGAGGAAACGAUCGCGGUCGCCAUUCGGACGGUGCUGGACGGUCCGGCGUACGGCGAGCGCGCCCGCCUCAUCUCAGACCGUUACCGCGAUCAACCGCUCGGUCCCGCCAAAGCUGCGGUCUACUGGGUGGAGUACGUACUGCGCCAUAAGGGUGCCCCGCAGCUACAGUCCCCGUCCGUGCGGUUGUCCUUCGUCCAGUACAAUCUGCUGGACGUGUACGCGGUUAUGGGUGCGAUCGCUUUAUCAGUGCUAAUUGGGACGGGGUUGAUGCUGCGGGCAGUGGCGCGGCGGUUGGGAAUUGUCAAACGAGCUCGCCCCGAUAGUGGACAAAAGAAGCGGCAGUGAGGAUGCGGGAGCGAAAUGUUGCCAGUUGCUAAGCAGUCGAGCAAACCUAAGAAAAAAAAAGCCAAACCAAAUUCGCCAAUUCGGCAAUGUGCCAAAGAUGUUCAUGGGGAAGUGGGCGGGUGAGGGGGGUAGGGCGGUAUGGGGUAGAGGAAGUACAAAUACAAAAUCGGUACGAUACCGUACCGAUGGUGACAUUCGAGCGAAGGCUAAUGAUGAUAACGUUGAGUGAUUGGGUUGGUCAGUGAGUUCAAACAUCCAAUUCUUCCACGUGCCGGCAAGGUGCUAAAUGGAGCGCGGUACACAAUGGCUAAGUGGGCAGUAUGCAUAAGAUAACAACGGCAAGGGUGUGUGAUAUGUAUUUACGGUCGAGACGGUGCGACAUUGUUUACUCUUUGAGCUUGUGUGAUUAAACAAAAAUAAACGAAUAAAAAGCUUG